AUGACCGGUAUCUCCUCCAUUGGAUGUCUCUAUGUCAAAGUAGGUGGCGCUGUCGAUGCCAGCAUUAGAUUCCCGAAUAUUUCCUUCAGUUUUUCGAGAGGACUCGGACUUUUUUCAUACCAAGAGCCGCUGCGAAAGGGGCUCUCGUGUGUAUACUACUCACCAGAUCAAAUUGCAUUUUUGGAUGGAGCAUUUCGAGCUGCUCGUGUGUUUGGACACAUUGCCAAUUUCUUCACUGGAAGCGCUGCGCUUAUGCUGCUUGCCAUAGGAUGUAUUGAUUUCAGUGAUGUCGCUGUGAACGCCAUUGGGUUGAUGCUCUUGGUCGGCGCUUUGUUUUCCCUGUUGACUUUUACCCUGUUUGCUUCCAAAAUUUGCGACUUUGAUUGCGACUUUUCAUCAGGUGCUGGCCUUGCUCUAGCCGCAGCAUUAUCGGGUAGUGCAACAGCAUUCCUUGUCUUCAAGAUCCCUCCUGUACCAUCUACCAAUUCCUUGGCAUAG